AUGAUGGAGAACAGCGGUAUGGAUGCGCAUCAGGUUGAUAUCGAUUCGGAAUUUGAGCCUCACAGUCGCUCGCGGUCGUGCACCUGGCCGCUGCCGUGUCCGGAGGAUUUCCCAGGGGGAGAAGAGGCGAGCCGGGGUCUGGCCCUGGCAUCGGUCAAGGUGGAGCAGUACAACGUGCCCGCAUGCCGGGCCGAGAGAAAAGGCGGCGCACCGGCGGAGAUCAAGCAUCCGGCCGGCGCCCCGGCCCCGGUCGUGGCCGCUCCUGCCUGCAUGUCCGGGGCUGCGCUCGACGUGGCCGGCCAGCUGCGCAAAGCCAAGUCCUCCCGGCGGAACGCGUGGGGAAACCUGUCGUAUGCAGACCUCAUCACCCGUGCCAUCGAGAGCGCUCCGGAAAAGAGACUCACCCUGUCCCAAAUUUAUGACUGGAUGGUUCGCUUUGUUCCUUAUUUCAAGGAUAAAGGCGACAGCAACAGUUCAGCCGGAUGGAAGAACUCAAUCAGACAUAAUCUGUCCCUGCACAGUCGCUUCAUACGGGUACAAAAUGAAGGGACAGGGAAGAGUUCCUGGUGGAUGCUGAACCCAGAAGGUGGGAAGAUGGGGAAGGGACCAAGACGACGUGCAGCCUCUAUAGACAACGGCAAUCGCUACCUGAAGACCAAGGGUCGCAUCAGCCGGAAGAGAGCAGGGGCUACAGGCCUUGGAAGGGGACAAGGUCAGGGGGGUGGACCUGCAUUGCAAGGCUCCCCAGAGCAUGGCAGUCCAGCAGGGAAAGGAGGUGUGGGCAUGGGGGGCGAGGAGUACGACACCUGGACAGAUCUCCAUUCCCGCACCUCCUCCUCUGCCUCCACACUGAGCAGCUGCCUCUCCCCGAUCCUGGCUGAGGCAGAGGCUGAUGAAGCAGAUGAAGGCGGACUUUCCUGUUCAGCCUCCCCUCGACUGUACCCCAGCCCCACCAGCACCCGUUCCCCUGCCCUGGGCACUGGCGGCCAUUGCCCCACUGUGGAACUGCCCCAGCUGACUGACCUGACUGGGGCUAUCAGUCUAGAUGAGAGUGGCUUCCCCCAGCCACAGCAAAUCAAAUGCAACGGUUAUCCCUAUGUGCCUGGGCCCAAGGCGGAGGGCUCCUACUGCGGGCCCAUGUAUGGACAGCCCUCCAUGGGCAUGCUCCGGCACCACACUCCCAUGGAGACCAUCCAGGAGAACAAGCCAGUCAGCUUCCAGCGCCCAAUGAGGGGCUACUCAGAGAACAACGCCCUGCAGAGUCUGCUUACAGGAGGUCCUUCAUACUGCAACAAAGACACAGUGCUGGGCCAGGGACGGGAAACACACACACUAAUAACACAGGGAACUAAUGGCGUUCACAGCCAGCACAGCCACAAUCAGAAUCGCAGCCACAAUCAUAGCCACAAUCACAGCCAAGAGCACACUCACAAUCCUAGUCUACACAAUGGCCAUGGCUCAGUCCAUGAACAGAACACAACCCACCACCAGAACCACAAUCAGGGUCACAAACACCAAGCCAGCCUCGACUACAGCCACAGCCACAAGCCCCACCCUGCCCAUGACUAUGUAAACCCAAGCCAUGAUCACAACCCUCGCUCCAGCCAGAGUCACAUGCGCAGCCACAACCCCCAUAACCCUAUGCACAGCGGGCCUCACCCACAGGCCCUUUCCCCACGGGUUAGCACUGACAUUCUGCAGCCCUACAGCCUCAAAACUUCUAACCACUAUAGGCCCCGCCCCCACCUCCCAACAUCGCCAUCACUGCCGCCCAACCCUGCCGGGGUCAUGGAUGUUCCCCAGGACCCAUGUCGCCUGGCGUCUGCACCUCACCCCCGUCACCAGCCUUACCCAGGAGCUCAUCAUCAGGGUAUGACCGACUCCUGGCAUGGCUACUACCACAACAAUCACCAGCCAGGGAACGCUGGUUACCAGGGGCAACAGCACAACUCCCACAGUAGAAUGGCUGCCAACCUGGAGAUGGAGAACAUACCUAAUAGCCUGGACUGUGAUGUAGACUCCAUCCUGCUCAAUGACUUUAUGGAAACAGAAGGCAUGGACUUUAACUUUGAUGGCUCUCUGUCCCAAGGUGUGGGCAUGGGGAUGGGCAUGAGUUUAGGGGCAUUUGCUUGCCCUCCACCGGCACACAGCAACCAGAGCUGGGUGCCAGGGUGAACCCAGGUCCAAAUGUUUGGAUAGACACAUGACUGGAAAGCUCACCAACUGGGCCACGCUGCUGGUGGGCUGUACCCUUGGACUGAC